AAGAAAAGGAGGCGGAGGAGGAGGGGCGGAAAAAAAAGAAGGAAGCGGAACAAGAAAUCAGGAAUCAGCUGUCAAAAAGUGGCUAAACUGUAAGCAACUGUUAAGCAACGGAUCAGAAGAAGACAUUUUUCCAGACAUGUCAAGAGCUUGUGUACAUUGACCCUGUUGCCUGCUAGUGAGCUUUGAUUGAACACAUCCGCCAAAAUGCCUGCAGUAUCCACCGGGGUUAAAGAGCUGUAUUUGUCCACCUCUCUGGGUGACCUCAAUAAAAAAGCUGAAAUUAAGCCAGACAAGACGAGCACUAGAAGCUAUGUGCAGAGUGCCUGUAAAAUCUUCAAAGCAGCAGAGGAGUGCCGUCUGGACAGAGAUGAGGAGAAAGCUUAUGUGCUGUACAUGAAGUAUUUGACAGUAUAUGACAUAAUCAAGAAGAGACCUGACUUCAAACAGCAACCGGAGUAUUUCCUGACUAUGCUUGGCCCAAACAGCUUUAAGAAAGCCAUUGAAGAAGCUGAAAAGCUCUCUGAAAGUCUUAAACUCAGGUAUGAAGAGGUUGAGGUGAGAAAAAAACUUGAGGAGAAGGAGAGACAAGAAGAAAAGAAGAGGAGGGAGGAAAUGACAGAGAAAGAUGGUGAUCGGGGCUCUCCAAAACCAUCAUCCGCAAACAAGAAGGACAGCAAAAAGGUGAAAGGAGAGCAGAAUGAACUGAAGAAUGUAACCUCAAAAGCUGCGCUGCCUACUGGUGGGAUCACGGCUGAGAAACUUUUCAACAUGAUGAAGGACCAGACCAUCACAAUAAUUGUCAUGGAUGCUCGCAGCCACCAAGAUUUUGAGGAAUCUCACAUUCAGGUCCCAGCUCAAACCUGUAUCAGCGUGCCUGAGGAGGCCAUUAGCCCAGGAAUCACUGUGAAUCAGAUUGAAGCAAAGCUGCCAGAAGCAUCCAAAGAGCAUUGGAGACGGCGGGGAUUCGUGGAUUAUAUUGUCCUCUUGGACUGGUUCAGUUCCGUCACUGACCUUAAACUAGGCACCACCUUGCAGAGCCUCAAAGAUGCUCUUUUUAAGUGGGACAGCAUCACCAUCCUGCGUAGCGAGCCGCUGGUGCUGGAGGGUGGCUAUGAGAACUGGCUGUUGUUUUACCCCAUGUAUACCACCAAUGCUAAAGUUCGACCACCUAGACAAAACGUUACCAACACCCUCCCUCAGUUGAACUUUAGCUACCCAUCCCUUGAGGAGCCAAAACCUCCAACUCCACCUCAACCGGAGCCUGAGGUUUCACUCGAGCCUCAGGAACCAUCAGCUCCUGUGCUAGUGAAUGGGGUCAUACCAGCAGAACCCCCAGCAUCUAAAACUUCAAUAAUCACUGAUAGGUUGCCAGACAGUGUUGAUUCCCCUGUCACAGGCUCCACAAAUUCUGGGCAGGACUAUGAUAAGAAGGCCCCUACUGCAAGCACAUCCAGCCAGGCUCCUGCAACAACCAAGGCAAUCCCACAGUUUGACCGUACCAAGAAACCUGAACCUAAGCCGAGCCAAAACGGGUCAGCAAAGGACUCCACCCAGAAUGGCCCGUCUGUCCCUGACCGCUCAGCCAAACCAUCCUUUGUCCCCAACACCUCUCUGUCUAAAGAAGAACAAAGUCAGAUACACUCUGAAGCAGUGGCAUUGAUGGAGAAGGCAAAGCAAGAGCAGGAGAAGCGCAUGCAGCAGCGUCGUUUAGAGGAGGAGAAACAGGAGAAGGAGUUGAAAGAGAGGCUAGAAAGGGAGGAAAGUGAGAAGAGGAGGAAAGAAGAGGAGGAGAGAAGACACCAGGAGAAGAGGAAACUGGAAAGGCAGAAGGCAGAAGAUGAGGAAAACAAAGAGAACAAGGCAUGGGACGAGAAGGAGAGAAGAGGAAAAGAGCAGAACUCUGACACACCCUCCAAGAGUAUGUCUUUGGAUUCCCCGGUUCCCAACCAUAUUGUUAGUGAAAUUAAGAGGGAGCCUCUGACCAGAGCAAGGAGUGAGGAGAUGGGCAGGAGUGUGCCAGGUCUUCCUGAUGGUUGGAUGAAGUUCCUUGACACAGUGACGGGGACCUACCGAUACUACCAUUCACCAACUAAUCGUGUGCACUUGUACCCUCCUGAAGUCACCGUUCCCCAGACCCCACCAUCCACACCACCAACAGUCAAACAGAAGCCACCACAACCAGCUGAGCCAGACACCAACCGUGAACGAGAGCGGGAGCAGUCGAAACUGAAGCGCUCCUACUCUUCCCCUGACAUCAGUCAGGACCUGAGAGAGGAGGCUCAGAAGAAGGCCACUGCCCCAACCACUGCUGCUAUGACACCCACCAUCAACAGAGAAACCAAACCUGCACCUGCUAAAGCCUAUUCUAAAGUGGAGAUUGUGCGUCCGUCGGCAGCCAAAAUUCGCAACCUGAAUCCCACAUUUGGCGGUUUGGGCGCAUCUCUGACUGGUCUUCGUAACCUCGGCAACACGUGUUAUAUGAACUCAAUCUUACAGUGUCUUUGCAACACUCCUGCCUUGGCUGAUUACUUCAACAACAAUUACUACCUAGAGGAUAUUAACAGGUACAACAUUCUUGGCCACAAAGGGGAGGUGGCCGAGGAGUUUGGUGUGAUCAUGAAGGCCUUGUGGGGUGGUUUGUACAAGUGCAUCAGUCCACGAGACUUCAAGAUCACCAUAGGCAAGAUCAAUGAGCAGUUUGCUGGUUAUGACCAGCAAGACUCCCAGGAGCUGCUGCUGUUCCUCAUGGAUGGGCUUCAUGAGGACCUCAAUAAGGCGGACAACAGGAAGCGGUACAAGGAAGAGGAAAAUGACCAUCUGGAUGAUCAGACAGCUGCUGACCUGGCCUGGAGCAAACACAAGCUUCUGAACGAGUCCAUCAUUGUAGCGCUGUUCCAGGGUCAGUUCAAGUCCACUGUGCAGUGUCUGACUUGCCAUCGCAAGUCACGGACAUUUGAGACCUUCAUGUACCUGUCGCUGCCUCUGGCCUCCACCAGCAAGUGCUCCCUACAGGAUUGUCUGAAGCUGUUCUCCAAGGAAGAGAAGCUGACUGACAACAACAAGGUGUUCUGCAGACACUGCAAAACCCACAGAGACUCCACCAAAAAACUGGAGAUCUGGAAGGUCCCACCCAUUCUCCUGGUGCACUUAAAACGGUUCUCCUAUGAGGGUAGAUGGAAGCAAAAGCUGCAGACAUCUGUAGACUUCCCUUUAGAUACUCUGGACCUGGCCCAGUACGUCAUCGGACCCAAACAGAGCCUGAAGAGAUACAACCUUUAUGGAGUGUCUAACCACUAUGGAGGUUUAGAUGGUGGCCAUUACACAGCCUACUGUAAGAAUGUCCUCAAACAGCGCUGGUACAAGUUCGAUGACCACGAGGUGACUGAAAUGUCCACCUCCUCUGUCAAGUCCUCUGCAGCCUACAUCCUGUUUUACUCCACCCUGUGAUGGUGCUGUAUGGCAUGAAGAAGGUGCACUACACCAAAGCAGCAAUGCUUUUUCUUUUUAGAAUCACAGCUCUGAGGACCUGGUGCACGCAGCUGCGGGUUAACUCGGGCGAGUGGCCGCGAGAUUCUGUCUGUCCCAGAAAGGACAUCGGUGCAGGCACACUGUGCAACGCUUCAGCUACUAGAGGACCCUAUAGUGGUUAAAACAUGCCAUCUGUUCACAUUACUGAUCAUCUAGAGACUAAACGGAUGCUCCUUUAAAUCUGACUUCUAUACAUAGUUGUGUUGUAGGGCUGACAGCUGGUUCAGAUGCUCUUCGCUCUCAUUUCUUUGGCACUCGGUGUGGAUGGCAGUAUCGCAGACCUGAUUUCCAGCUUUCUUGUACUGUGCAUACACAGGAUUAACAGUUAGGUGGCAUGUACAUACCUACCAACGCUGAUGUUGCACAUUAAUAAUGUAAAUACUUAAGGGCAAGGUAUUUAUCUGUUAAGUGACCAAAUUAUUAUUUUUUUCUUGAAAGUAGCAGCCAUCAUAAUAUCACCAUAUUCAUAAAGGCAAACCGUGUGUUUUAGGGGUUUAUCUGUAUAGCCUUCUGCUGUUUAUUAAAUGGGGGGAUUAAAGAGACUGUGACUGACUUAUAAUUUUUUUUUUUUUUUUUUAAUUCUUCCUGAGGAAAGAAGGGAGUUCAGAUUGUUUGUUCAUAUUAGCCACAUUCUUGCACUUAUCCAAUAUGCAAUCACUUUAGGUUUUUAUGUAGAACCUAUUUGUUUAACAGCUGACAUUUAGUGCUCAAUUCAGAACGCUUUAAACUGACGCUGAGAUCUUGUCACAUCUUGCUCGGUUCAGCUAAUAAAAGGAAACCCUGCCUACUUGUGUAAAGUUUAUUGUCAGUUAAACAUACUUACUCUUUACAUUAUUAUAAUCAAACACUACUUAGAGGCAGAUUUACCAGGAUGGUUUGAUAAUCCUGUUUGAUUCAUACCAGUGGUCUUUGGUUUUUAUUUGUGGGAGGGUUGGUUAGAUUUUUUUUUUUUUUUUUUUAUUCCUUUCAUGUUUUGUUUAGUAUUGAGCUGGAAAUUUGAAAAAAUGAGAAACUGAUCUUUGUCACGUAUAUGAGUGUGUUGGUGUCAACAUAUGCUGCCUGACUGACUGACUGGCUGACUGUGAAAGGCAAGCACAACGCAAGCUGAAUAUUAUUUUUUCAGAAUGGACCAGAGAUCUUAAGGGGCCGGAUUAGACUCUGAACUUCCUGACUGUUUUUAUUGCCUCGCAUGAGAUCAUAAUCUGUUUUCAUUUCACUUGUACAUGUUUUUGUUUUGUUUUUUUCCUUCCUCAAUGCUCUGAAAAAAGUGUUUCAGAUAUAACGAUUAUAUUAAUCUCAAACAACUCAUAUGGCUAUUUAUUAAAACUGCUUCAAAUCAG